AGGAGCAAAUCGACUCCACACAAUGCAACGCCUCCUCGACUUCCUCGCCGCCUCGCCUCGCCUCGCCUCCGCGGCCUCUCCAACGGAGACGCUGAACCACGCGCUCGGCCACGACGAACUACUCCUCAUCCUCGAGCGCCUCCCGUGCCUCCUCGACCGGCGCCGCGUGGGCCAACUUUGCCGCGACUGGCGCGCCGCCGUCAGUGCGCCGCCGCUCCCGUGGAUCCUCCUCCCCACCGCCGACGGCCCUUCCUUCGCGUGCGCCCUCGCCGGCUGCCCCGCCCACCGCUUCCGCGGUCCGUACGCCACGCGCGCGGCGCUCUACUUCGGCGCCUACGGCGGCGGCUGGGCCUUCCUCGCCUUCCACCAGACCGGCGACAUGGCGCUCGUCAGCCUCCGCAAACGCGUACGCAUCGACCUCCCCGACCGCGUCCGCUGGGACGGGGUGCGGCAGUACGUCUGCGGCUAUGGCAUGGUCGCUGCGACCCUCUCUUCGCCACCGGAGAACGUGAACUGCGUCGCCGCCGCCAUCAGCUUCUUCAACUCGAAGGCUGGUCCAUGCGCUCAUACGUUCUGGCGCUUGCGGGAUGAGGCCAUGGUGAUGACGACUGGUCCAUGCGCUCAAACAUUCAGGGGAAGGAGGGUUCAGGGCAUAUUCAUCACGACUGGUCCUCAAGAAAACCUCCAUUUCCACACCGAGACAUGGCCGGCUCUGGAGGACGUCAUACACCACAAGGGGGCCUUCCAUUUCCUCACCGUGGAAGAAAACCUCAAUGUGUUUUCAGUACCGGAGUUCCACGACGACGGCAACGGCAAUCUGGAGAUAGCGCCCAUGGAGAUCCGCCGCUUCUCCACUGGCCGGCGCAAAUAUGCCAGAGACGCCGUUGUUCGCUACCUGGUGGAGUCCCGCGGGAAUCUCCUCAUGGUGGUUAGGCUCACCACUGGCGAACUUACCCUGCCGCCGACGACGUCGGCGUUCAAGGUGUUCGAGAUGGUGGAGCCGCCGCCGGAGACGCCCAUCAGCGACGACAACGAAGGCCCAUACGCCUGGAAGGAGCUGAAGUCGCUGGGUGGGCGGAUGCUGUUCGUCGCGCAGGGCUGCUCCAGAUCCUACGACGCGGCCGAAUAUCCCGGGGCCGAGUUCAACGACGGUGUCUACUUCCUUGACGACGGGAGGCUCUACCGCGACGACCAGCGGCAGCGCUACCCCUGCAGAGACAGCGGCAAAUGGCUGCCGGGCGAGGACCGCGUGGACAAGUUUUUGCCGGAGCAACGCCCGUCGAGCUACUCACGGCGGGCAUGGCUUCUCCCGUGAGAGCGCCAUGUUCUUGGUUAGAUUGUCGUUGUAGAUCUGGCUGGUAUGUGUCGUGCUGAUCAGUGAACAGCAGUCGCUUUCAAUAUAAUCUGCGGUUUUCAUCUGAGAUCCAUCUGUGCUAUCUAUCCUAUCAUCUCUUCAGUAAUUUCUGGAAUUUUUAGCAUUGCAGACAUCAGUAUUGGUUUCUCAAUGUAGAAAUGGUUGGUGUUGAUGACUCCGAUGGCAUUGUGGGGAUGUGGUCAUUGCCAGAACUUAAGCUUUUUGCUGAUGGAAUGAUUUGCACAAAACGGAUUUGCAGUGAUUUGCUUCUGA